GUUUUCGACGCGACGAAAGCAAGAUAGCGACCGAGACGGACCAAAGUUGUCGUGGCUGAGCAAUGGCUGACAUUAUUAUUAUUGACUUGACGCAUGACACCAUCAAUCUUCACCUCCCCAGAGUACGAGGAGGAACUUUGGGCAAGGGAAGAGAAGGAGCCACAAGAUGGAUUCCUGGACGCUGUUCGCAGGCAGCCUGCAGAUGGCAUACACACAGGAGACGUCAGCGAAGAUCUUCCUUCGGAGCAGCAGGAGCCAGAGCCCGGUCACAUUAAAAAAGAGGAGCCGGAUCCCACUUACAUUAACGAGAUCGAUGAGUCAAAGCCCCCUGACGUGAAAGAGGAAGAGCAGGAAGUUGAUAUCACCAACUUUCCACUAACUGUCAUUGUGAAGAGUGAAGAUGACGACGACGACGAAGAAGGUGAUGGGGACCAACGUGGAGGAUCACAAGAAGAUGGUCUCUUAGCGCCAUUAUCAGAUAGCGAUGACGUAAUGUCACAAACGCUUGACACUGAAGACGACGACGACGAUGACGAUGAUGAUGAUGAACACUCAAAAGGUGACAUGACAUGUCACACUGACAGCAAACGCGUGAAAUGUUCUCAGUGUGACAAAACGUUUUACAACAACUCAAAUUUGAAAAGACACAUACGAACACACACUGGAGAAAAACCUUUUGUCUGCUCAGUUUGUGGCAAAGGAUUCUCGAUUAAGACAAACUUAACGAGGCACAAAAGAAGACACAAUGGUGAGAAACCUUUUGCCUGCUUAGUUUGUGGUAAAAGAUUCUCUACAAAGGAAGAUUUAAAAAUACACACAAGAAUACACACUGGGGUGAAACCUUUUGCUUGCUCAGUUUGCGGUCAGAGAUUCUCUAGAACUACGAUUUUAACAACACACACAAGAACACACACUGGGGAAAAACCUUUUGCCUGUUCUGUUUGUGGUCUUAGCUUCACUCAAAAGACAAAUUUAACAAGGCACACAAGAACACACACUGGUGAGAAACCCUUUGCUUGCUCAGUUUGUGGGAAAACAUUCAACAGAAAGACAAAUUUAGCAACACACGCAAGUACUCAUGGGUUAGAGUAACGAUUCAGCGUGAGGUUAAGAGACGAGUGUGCGGGUGAGGAGAACGGAAAGGGGGAGGGUGGGCACCAUCUUGAAAUUGUUGAUCAGAAAUAUUCAUUUGCAUCUGGGGAGCAAUUUAGCCAGUCAUCAUGCUGGGUAUAAAAUUGGUGCAGUAACGUUCUCUUAAGUGUUAUUUGAUUUGCACAAUAUAAAAGUUUUUGGAGUUUUUUUUUUUUCUUUUUCUGUAUGUUGCCUUGAUUCUCAUUAUUCUUCGCUGUUGCUGUAUCCUAAUUUGUUGAUUAUAUUUCAAAUAAAAUGAUAAGAUACAAUUGUGUGUUUUAAUUGGCGUGCGUUUGGGUGGUGGUGUGCCAAGGGGGGUCUUGCAUAGGGCACCAUUCAAGCUCGGACCGCCACUGUCAAGUACACACAAAUUGCACUGCGCAAAGGGCGCCGAGACUUCCAAGAAAUGUAUGCGGUUUAAAGUGACGAGUUAGUAGUGCGAUCAUCUGGGACAAUGUCGGGAGCUGCAGCGGCAGUUCUGCACAGCGGUCAUCGACUCAG